AUGACUACUAGCACGACUUCGGUUUCUACAGCGGGAUCUUCCAUGAUUCAGAAUGUUCAUCACAAUGGAUAUAUUUCUUUAUCAACAAGAAAGUCAUUUCCAUCCGUAUGGAUGAGAUCGGGCACUUCAAAGGGUCUCUUCAUCCACCAAAAAGUCCUCCCGGUAUCCACCAAGCUCUGGGAGCCAAUUUUACUAUCCGCUAUGGGCUCUGUGGGUGCAAACGCAAGACAGAUCGAUGGAGUUGGAGGUUCUACAUCCACAACUUCCAAAGUAGCCGUGAUUGCGAAAUCUCAACGCCCAGGUAUCGAUGUCGAUUACACAUUUAUCCAGGUGGCUCCUGAUCAAGCCAAGGUCGACAUGACUGGGAACUGUGGCAACAUUGCCUCUGGAGUGGGACCAUUUGCACUUGAUGAAGGAAUUGUAAGAGCAAAUUCGGGCCAGUCAGAGAUUGAUGUUCGAAUCUUUAACACCAAUACUGGACAGACAAUCGUUGAAACAAUCCAGAUAUCGCCAGAUGGAAGGUUCCGAGAGGAUGGUGAUUAUUCCAUUCCAGGGGUUCAGGGAACGUCUAGUCCUAUUAAGGUCGCAUUUCUCAAUCCUGGGGGUAGCAUGACCGGUCGGAUGUUCCCCAGCGGAGCACCAAAGGACACGCUCACUGUUUACUCUCCCUCUGUGGGAACCUUUUCUGUGCGGGUUAGCUUAGUGGACGCUGCGAAUCCCUUCGUGCUAGUCGAUGCAUCUUCGAUGUCUGCCAAAGACUACUUGCCUUGGAUGGAUCCAAAUUAUACCGAGUUCCUGUCUGUUGUCGAGGAUAUCCGCCGUACAGGAGCUGUGCGCUUCGGGCUUGCUGCAGAUCUGAAGACAGCCGGACAAGUCCGAGGCACUCCGAAAAUUGCGUUCCUAUCCCCGGUGGCACAGGAUGACAUGGAUGCCGAUAUCCAAGUUCUUGCUUUCACCAUGGGAAAAGUCCAUUCAAGUUUACAGUUGACUGGUGCAGUAUGCAUUGGUGCGGCUAUGUCAAUUCAUGGAACUGUUGCAUGGGACAUUUCUGGUAAGAAAGAGCUUAAUAGAUGGCCGAAACACGGGAUAUCGGUUGAGGGGCAGGAAAUUUCGGCUCCUUUACCGAUGAGCAUUAGACACCCAGCCGGUGUGAUUAAUGCAGAGACACGGCUGGGCCUCGAUCUUGAAGGCCAGAUCCAUGUGGAUAAUGUAGCAGUUUUUAGGACAGCCCGUCGACUCUUCGAGGGUAAUGUAUUUUAUCGGGGGUGA